GUCAUCGGCCUGCGUCUGUGGAAAGGUUUGUGUUUUCAGUGUUAAAUCGAUUUAAACCGAGUUAUCGUGUAGUACGUACAAACUCUGCACGUACAGUAAUUAUUUUAUUAUUAUGAUGCGUACGAUUUCUCUCUCUGGCGUGUAGUGACAGAAAACAGUCUGCUUUUGGAAACUUAAUUUGGAGUCAGAAGCUCGUCAGUGACUGUUUGAAUCCGCUGCUCGAGAACAACAGACACAAAGAAACAGUUCUUCAUCGAGUAUGUCGAUGAUUAAAGAGGAGAGAGAGGAGGUCAGGAUUGAUGAACAGACUCCAGCAGGCAUGAUGCUGCUGAAAGAGGAACAUGAAGUACUGAAUCAAAUAGAAGAGACAGUUCCAACUAAGAAUCAUUUCAAAACUGAAGGGAACUCUUUUAGGUGCCCACAGACUGAAAAGACUUCCUCCGAAGAAAAACAAACUAAGGGUUAUUUCACCUGCUUUGAGUGUGGGAUGAAUUUCAUUCACCCUGAAAGCCUUAGAAUCCACAUGGGAAUCCACAAUGGAGAGAAUCCUUACACCUGCCAAUAUUGUGGACAGGGUUUCAGUGAAGAUGAAAGCCUUAGAGCCCAUAUGGGAAUCCACAAUGAAGAGAAGGGUUUCACCUGCCAACUGUGUGGAAAGAGGUUCAGUGAAUAUCAAAGCCUUCUAGUACACAUGAGAAUCCACGAUGAAGAGGAUCCUUACACCUGCCAACGAUGUGGAAAGAGUUAUGUUCAAACUGCAAGCCUGAAAGUACACAUGAGAACUCACACCGGAGAGAGAGAUUUUACCUGCCAAGAGUGUGGAAAGAGUUUCAAUCGAAAACAAACCCUUCUAAAUCACAUGAAAGUUCACAUUGGACCGCAGCCUUUUGCAUGCCAACAAUGUGAAAAGAGCUUCACAACAGAACUAGACCUGAAGUCACACAUGAACGUUCACACUGGAGAGAAGCCGUUUGAAUGCGAUCAGUGUGGAAAGAGAUUUCUUCGUAAAAUAAGCUUUAAUAACCACUUGAAGAUUCAUUCGGAAGAGAACUGCUUUGUAUGUCAACAAUGCGGAAGACGUUUCGCUCACAAAGCACAUCUUAGAGUCCACAUGAGAGUUCACACUGGAGAAAAGCCUUACUUUUGCAAUCAGUGUGGAAAGAGUUUCACGUAUAAAAAAACUCUCGAGUCCCACAUGAUAAGUCACACUGGAAAGAGCCGUUUCAUCUGUAAAACAUGUGGGAAGGUCUUCACAAACAAGGUGGGCCUCAUGUAUCACAUGAACGUUCACACCGGAGAGAAGCCGUUCAAAUGUGAUCAGUGUGGAAAGAGUUUCAUUUGUAAAGCAAGCCUCAAUAACCACUUGAAGAUUCACUUGGGAGAGAACUGUUUGGUAUGUCAACAGUGUGGAAGAAGUUUCACUGAAAAACGAAGUCUUAAAACCCACAUGAGACUUCACACUGGAGAGAAGCCUUACACCUGCACUCAGUGUGGAAAGAGUUUCACAUAUAAAACAGCUCUUGACUCCCACAUGAUAAGUCACACUGGAAAGAGCCGUUUCAUCUGUAAAACAUGUGGGAAGGUCUUCACAAACAAG